AUGGCGCCCAAAUCGCAAAAGGCCAACAACGCCGAUGGCGACAACGUGCAUCAUGGCAAAAUCUUCUCCAUCUCCGGCCCUGUCGUGGUGGCCGAGGACAUGAUUGGUGUUGCCAUGUACGAACUGGUCAGAGUCGGCCACGAUAAUCUCGUCGGCGAGGUCAUCCGAAUCAACAGCGACAAGGCCACCAUCCAGGUCUACGAGGAAACCGCCGGUGUCAAGGUCGGUGACCCCGUCGUCCGAACCGGCAAGCCCCUGUCCGUCGAACUCGGGCCCGGCUUGCUGAAUGGCAUCUACGACGGUAUCCAACGGCCGCUGGCGGAAAUCUCAAACGUGUCAAAAUCUAUCUACAUCCCCCGCGGCAUCUCCAUCCCUGCCCUCGACCGAAAGAAGAAAUGGGCCUUCACCCCCUCCAUGAAGGUCGGUGACCACAUCACGGGCGGUGACGUCUGGGGCACCGUCUUCGAGAACUCCUUCAUCUCAACGCAUAGAAUCCUCUUCCCUCCCCGCGCCCGCGGCACCAUUACCAAGAUUGCCUCCAAGGGUGAGUAUACGGUCGUGGAUAAGAUCCUCGAGGUCGAGUUCGAUGGCAAGAAGACCGAGUACCCCAUGAUGCAGUCGUGGCCCGUCCGAGUCCCCCGUCCGUCCACCGACAAGCUCGCCGCCAGCGAGCCCUUUGUCGUCGGCCAGCGAGUUCUCGACGCCCUCUUCCCGGGCGUCCAGGGCGGCACCAUUGCCAUCCCCGGCGCUUUCGGCUGCGGAAAGACUGUCAUCAGCCAGUCCGUGUCCAAGUUCUCCAAUAGCGACGUCAUUGUCUACGUUGGCUGUGGUGAGCGUGGCAACGAAAUGGCCGAGGUGCUCAAGGACUUCCCCGAGCUCACCAUCGAAGUCGAUGGCCGCAAGGAACCCAUCAUGAAGCGCACCACCCUCAUCGCCAACACGUCCAACAUGCCCGUCGCCGCUCGAGAAGCCUCCAUCUACACGGGGAUUACUGUCGCCGAGUACUUCCGUGACCAGGGCCUGGACGUGGCCAUGAUGGCCGACUCGUCAUCGCGAUGGGCCGAGGCUCUCCGAGAGAUUUCGGGUCGCCUGGGCGAAAUGCCCGCCGACCAGGGCUUCCCCGCCUACCUGGGCGCCAAGCUCGCCUCCUUUUACGAGCGAGCCGGCAGAGUCCAGACGCUCGGCUCCCCGGAGCGCAAGGGCAGUGUCAGCAUCGUCGGCGCUGUCAGCCCUCCCGGCGGUGACUUUUCGGAUCCCGUCACGAGCUCCACCCUCAGCAUUGUCCAGGUCUUCUGGGGUCUCGACAAGAAGCUUGCGCAGCGAAAACAUUUCCCCUCCAUCAACACCAGCGUUUCGUAUAGCAAAUACACCACUACUCUGGACAAGUACUACGAAAAGGAGCACCCCGAGUUCCCCCGGCUCCGUGAUCGCAUCAAGCAGCUCCUGUCCGACUCGGAAGAGCUGGACCAGGUUGUGCAGCUGGUGGGAAAGAGCGCGCUGUCGGACCCCGACAAGAUUACCCUCGACCUCGCCGGCCUGCUCAAGGAAGACUUUUUGCAGCAAAACGGCUACUCAGACUACGAUCAGUUCUGCCCGAUCUGGAAGACAGAGUGGAUGAUGAAGCUCAUGGUUGGCUUCCACGACGAGUCACAAAAGGCCAUUGCCCAGGGCCAGAGCUGGGCCAAGGUCCGCGAGGCCACGAGCGAUCUCCAAGCCAAGCUCAGGCAGCUCAAGUUUGAGCUUCCAUCGGAAGGCGAGGAGGCUGUUUGCAAGAAGUACGAGGCUAUCCAGCAGCAGAUGAUGGACAAGUUUGCAUCGGUCAUGGAUGAGUAA